CCCACAGUGACCGGAGGAGCCCAGGCCCCCGCCGACUUGACUCGAGGAUGGUUUACGUAACUGGAACUAUGUUCAGCUUUCAUUCACUGGAGAACUUAAAGGUUUACAUUACCAACCGGCCUCCCCUUGUGGUGUUUAUGAUCAGUGUCAGUGCUAUGGCAAUAGCUUUCCUGACAUUGGGAUAUUUCUUUAAAAUAAAGGAAAUCAAGUCUCCAGAAAUGACCGAGGAUUGGAAUACUUUCCUAUUGAGGCUUAAUGACCUGGACUUGUGCAUAUCCGAGAAUGAAACAUUAAAGCAUCUUAUUAAUGAAACAAUCACUCCAGAGAGCACAGUGACCAGUGGGCAAGUGCGAUCUUCUACACAAUCCCCACAAGUUCUCGAAGAUUCUGGACCAAUCAAUAUCUCCGUCUCCAUAACGCUCACACUCGACCCGCUCAAGCCCUUUGGUGGAUACUCGCGCAAUAUCACACAUCUCAGUGCAACCAUCUUUGGACAUCAGGUUGGAUUGACAGGUCGAGAAGCACACGAAGAAAUUAACAUAACAUUUACUCUGCCGACCGCCUGUAACUCAGAUGACUGCAUCCUCCACGGCCACUGCGAGCAGAUGGUUUACACAACAUGCAUGACCAUCACGGCUGCAACUAACGUCUUUCCAGUCACCGUCCAGCCGCCGCAUUGCAUCCCUGAGACCUACAGCAACGCCACCAUCUGGUACAAAAUCUUCACCACUGCUAGAGACUCGAACACAAAAUACUCGCAGGAGUACAACCCAUUCUGGUGUUACAAAGGAGCGAUUGGUAAAGUCUACCACGCACUCAAUCCCAAACUAACCGUCAUUGUUCCAGAUGAUGACCGUUCGCUCAUUAAUCUGCACUUGAUGCACACCAGCUACUUCCUCUUUGUGAUGGUGAUCACCAUGUUCUGCUACGCGGUUAUCAAAGGACGGCCGGGGAAAGUGCGGCAGAACAAUAAUGAAUUCUGCCCAGAAAAGGUAACCCUUUCUUUUCCUGCAGCUCGCCCCAAUUUAAGUGGAAAGUAUACCCUGACCGCGAUGCCUGUUAAACACCAAGACGUUAAUGCAGCCCAUAAUUGUUGCAUUGUCAGAAGCAUAAAUUAGCUCCAAGCCUGGAAACGGAGCUGUCUGUAGCAUUUUGCCCCGUGGAGCAUAAACUGGCUGUUGACUAUCUGAAUGCAGUGUCCUGCAAAGUUGGUGUAUUCCAACCAAAGACAUUUUAAGUGCCUGUAUUUACAUUGUACAUAUUUGUAAGAAUAUAUCCAAACCUGAUCCGACGAUGCACUUGUGCCACCUAUUAACCACAGCUUGUUUUUCUAAAAAAAAAGUAGUUUGCUGCUGUAUCAGCCUGGACAUUACUUUGUCGAUCCCAGGUACAAGUGUGAGAAGAUGGAAGCAAUUCCUCCCCCCCACCCCCACCUCCCCCAUUCCCUUCCCCAAAGUGGAAGCUUUUCGGGUGCUCCGUUGAACUUCAUUCGCAAAGAUUGUUUUUAAGUUUGUCAAAUAUGUACAUAAUUUGUCAGAAACACGUGUUCCGGUGGUGUGUGUACUGCAUUUCUGACGCUUGAAACGAUCCAUUAAGCAUCUGGAGUUUUUAAAUGUGUGUGUAUGUAUAUAUGUGGCUAGGCUUAUUCCAUUGUCUGUCAGCGUUUGACCGCAAAGGGUCUCACACUGUCUUGUCUGGAAAUUUGGGAAGUAGACAAAUCUCUCUUUACUGCAUUACAAUAUAGCUUGAGCUUGCAGGAAAUGGGUACUGAAAUUCUGUGUGUAACAGUGCUGCUGUCCAGAGGAUAAUGGCUUUGCAUAGAGGAACCGUCCAUUGUGAGCUGCAGUCUAUGUAUGGCAUGUUGGGAUAUUGUAUUGCCUUUUUCUUUCUGGUCGAGAUCUGUAUUUGCAUGUGUACUAUUGCAAAACGUUCCACAGAUUGCCUUAAAUUAUCCACGUACUUCUCUUGGCCUUUUUUAAAUUAAUUAAUUAAUUUGCUGUAUGUGAAAAGCUUUGUAAAUGACAUCAGUACGAAUCCUCCUCCGAUGCACAGUUAAUUCUGUUUGAUUUGCCUUGCUUAUUAAUUGGAAAGGGGUGGCAAUCAAGGUGGGUACCGCUAAUUCUCCAAACGAUUCUGUGAAGAGCUUCGCAAAUGGUUGUCCUGAAUUGCACGGGUGUUUUCUUUUUGACCCAAAUUCCAGCCCCCAAAAGUUUAACGUGAUCUACGUAGGUUUUAAGCACACUAUGAGACCCAAAAUGCUAACCGGUCUUAGGCUACAAGACUAUUUUGCCUUUGAAAGUUAAAAAUGCUGUAGAAUUAUGGAAGGAAAAUUUUUGAUUGUCAUUACAAACUCUUCGAGUGACCAGCUUGCAAGCUAAGACUGAUUUUUUAAAAAAGAAUUGUUCACGAGCUUAAGCGUGUAAGGCAAAAGGGUCUUUCAGGCUGAGACUAGGUGGAAUUUACUGGGCCUCAGUAUUGGUACCUUAAUAAGUUGCAGAAAGUGGUCUCUUGUCUUUGUUUUAAUAUUAACCUCUGUGGCAUGCUAAAGUUUUAAUAGAGCUGUUAGCACCAGCCAGUGAUGAUUGGGGAGAAAUUUUGCUCGAGGAGCUGUGAAUAAAUGUAGAUGAAGGGUGCCUUUGAUUUGCAGCUUUUUAAAUUUAAUUUAAUUUUGCCUCUUUCCCACACUCUUCCUGCACCUUUCUCUGUUUGUUCACCCAGUUUCCGAUCGAGCCUUCAUCCUGCUUGUGGCACUGAACCCGCAUAUUGACAUCGGUGUCAAUCCAGUGAAAUUGGCAAAGAAUGUAAACCAAGCUCAAUGCUUUGGUCCUUAUGUGUUUGGGUGUGUGCGCACUUUUUUAAUAUAUAUAUAUAUAUAUAUAUAUGUGCAUAGGUGUACUAAAAAAACUUUUUAAUAUCUGCAUGACCCAACUUGUCAGUCUCUUCUGAGCUUGGCUUCGUUUGACAAAUGAUUGUUUUAUUUUAGUCCUUUUUUCUCCCCUCCUCACCCCAAAAAGAAUAAUAAUUCAGACAAAACUUUUAAGGUCUUGUGUACUGGGGCCCGACUGACACUGGUUGGAUCAAACCAUUUGUUUACCCCCCACCGUUCCAAUUCACUGCAGAAGCCAACCGAGCAAGCAAACAAACUGCAUGCAGAAUGACGCAGGAAUUCAAAGCCGAGAGCUCCUCGUUAUCAGAGGUCUUGAAGUUGCGGUCUGCGGUUUGUAAUGUUAAAUAUUCAACGUUGCUCCACGCGUGCUUUAGUGUGCAAUUGCACGCCCUCCCCAUUUUGUUGCCGCCUUCCGUGUAAAUCCUUUUCAAGUGUUACUUUAAAUGGAAGAUUGAGUGGAACUGAGGCUUGGAUACCCGUGUUCACGUGACUUCCAAAGAGUCGUGCUGCUGCCUUUCUGCCACUUAACUCUGUUGGCAAGGUGCCUGGGCCCUAGUUUGGAUGCCCGGUGGUUUAUUUAGGGAGGAAAGACUUGUAUGUACGUGAAUUUGUGUUGGCUGUCUUGUUGCAUGAUGAUAAUUCUAAUAGCACAUUAUUUUAUGACAAUCUCUCACAGAUGGAGUUUCUGUGCUUUUUUUUGGGAUAAGAUUUGCAUAUGCUUUUGCUGAAUAAAAGGAUCCAACCGUUGGCAUGUCA